AUGCAACCAAAUCACUGCGACCUGCUGGGUCAGGUGCGUGAGCCUAGAGCCGCAAGUCAGAUGACGCGCGAUGGCCAUCAGCCGCUUCGGGAUAACGGUCAGCCUCAGCAAUCCGGUGCGGCACCCAUGAGAUCAGAGGAUUCCUGGAUCGACGUGUCCUCGCAACCGUCCUCUUCCUCCUUCUCCUCUGCUGCCACGAAUGAAGACAUAAUUACCACCGGAUUGCAGGUCGAGCGUGGAGAAGCGGGCGCAUAUCAGCGCCGUAAUCGGCGACGCCGUCUACAACAUCUUGCUGCUAUCACCACAGCCCAGGUGGACUAUGCAUCGCGGGAUGCUAGCCAAGCCAGUAGCAGCCAAGAGGAAUAUGAGGAGAGCGAAAGCGAGUCUGACCGCGUUCUCAGCAGCUCAAAUGAAGAUAUAACCCGCCCAGCGCUCCCAGCCGCAUUAUCUGCGCGCUCUGCACCGCUAUCAUCAAGUUCAGACGCUGCCUCCAGCGAUGAUGAAGAUGAUAGUUCUACUGCCCUAGGUAUGGGCAUCAGCCCAGCACCUUUUGUACCUCAACCGAACAUAUUCACACACCCACCGGCCACGUCAGAACCUGGAUGGACUGCACGGCGCCCUCAACCCAGUAUCCCGUCUACAUCUACUCACCGUGCAGCUUCUCGAAGAGAAUCAUACCCUAGCCCACGAUCAUCACGGAGAACUCAAUACCAGCACAGCCCUUACAAUAUGAUCUCCCCUUCCCAUCAUGCUGACCACGAUGCCGCCCUUCGUGCUAGUCUAUCCACACUUCUUUCAUGUGCGGCUGCCGCCAGAGGUCUCCCGAAGAAUGAUAAUCGGCCACCAUCCACCCCAGCUGCUCCCUCUGGUAGCGGACAACCAGCUUCAUUCCGACUUGUAGGCCCAUCGGUUGCCAUGGGAGAGGAGAACAGCGACGAAGAGGACUCAUCCUCGCCGCAGUAUCCAGAGUCAAGUCCGUCUAUAAGAGCACCAACGGUAUCAUCUGACCCUACUGUCACCAAAGCGAAGCGCCGUUCAAAUUCCCCUAAAGACCGCAGUGCUGCCUCGAAGAAGAGUCGUCGCGUGAGCAUGACAGAUUCAACAAUGACUGUUAGCCCCACGAUCAUGACAUGGGUUAUCAGCGCCGGGGUUGUCGUUCUAUUCUCUGCAAUCAGCUUUUCCGCAGGAUACAUGAUCGGUCGUGAGGUUGGGCGAGCUGAGGUCGGAAUGAUGGGAGAUGGUGUUCCUGGUCCUCGCCCCUCAGCAGCGUGUGGCCAGGAAGCGGUCCGCGGCGGACUUCGAAAACUGCGCUGGGGAUCUGCGGCUGCAGGUUCUGCUAGUCUUGCAUCAAUGUAA